CGGCUCCCGGGCCGCGCUGCCCCUUCCGCCGCCGAAGGCGGUACCGAGCAAGGCGGGCCCGAGCCGCCCCGCAGGCAGAGCCGCCGGAGCAUGGCCGGGGCGCUGAGCUGCCGUCCCCCCGCGCCGGAUGAAGAUGUCAAACCAUUUACUCCUGAGAAAACCAAGGAAAUUGUGAUGUCUCUACAGCAACCUGCAGUCUUCUGUAACAUGGCUGGCAACUGGCCAGCCCUGCACUGGAAUGUGGAAUACCUUUCUGCUGUGUUGGAGGGAAAGACAAUCCAGUUUAGGCUGGGCCUGAAGACAGUGGAUUUAGUUCCCCAGUUUGAAACCAGUUGUAGCUAUGUGGAAGCUACACUUGAGGAGUUUUUGGCGUGGAGUUGUGGGCAGCCUUCUUGUCUCUCUGGACCAUUCAGUCGUUACGAUUACUCCAAAUACUGGGCUUAUGCUGACUACAAGUACAUUGCCAGGAUAUUUGAAGACAAGCCAGAAAUUUUCCAGGAUGUAAGGUGGUCUGACUUUGGUUUUCCUGGAAGAAGUGGAAAAGAGAGCACACUGUGGAUUGGUUCUGAAGGAGCAAACACCCCCUGCCAUUUGGACUCCUACGGCUGCAACUUAGUGUUGCAAGUACAAGGAAGGAAGAGAUGGCACCUCUUCCCACCUGGUGACACCAGUUUCCUUUAUCCUACCAGGAUCCCUUAUGAGGAAUCCAGCAUAUUCUGCAAAGUCAACAUUGCCAACCCUGAUCUGAAACGCUUUCCCGAGUUUAGGAACUCAACAGCCCAUGUUGUUACACUCAGUCCAGGACAGGUCCUGCUCGUCCCAAGGCACUGGUGGCACUAUGUGGAAUCCAUUGAUCCUGUCACUGUCAGCAUCAACUCUUGGAUUGAACUGGAUGCAGAUCAUGAAGCCCGUGUAGAGGAGGCAAUAACUCGAAUGCUGGUAUGUGCCAUAAAAUCAGCAGAAAAUCCCAGUGAUGGAGAUCUCUGGCUAAAUCCCACAGAGGUUGAGGCAACAUCCCAUGAAAUCAAUCUUCAGUACCUGAAUAAAGCAGUGUCUGCAUACCUCAAGUGUCAGGAGACAAGUGUGUCAGGACAAGCACGGUCCAGCAGCACUGGUGCAAAGCAGAGGGCAAACACCUCAUGCAAGAGGAAGAGAAGGGAAGCUGGCUGUGAACCAGAGAGCUGCGCAUUACUAACCCAGGAAUGUGACUUUCCUGCACCCAAAGCAGAAGAGCUGCAGAAAAUACCUUUUGGGCCUCAUCUUAUUCAGGUUUUACCACAGUCUCACAAAACCAGCGUGGUGGGUGCGGUUGCAGUUGAAAGUGACGGUGGAGAUCUUCUCCAUGAAAAUGACGGAGAACAUUUUGGAAAAUUACAGUGCAAGAGGAAGAGAUUGCUAAUGAGUAAUGACUGUGAGACAGCUGCACAUCAAAUGGAUUCAGACUGCAGUCCAUGCACCUCACAAACAGCCCUUUCUACCAAUGACUUGUUAGACUGUCUGGUUAAUCCUCGUGUCAUCAGUUUAGUGGCUCAGCUGCUGUUGGAGAGAAUGAGAGUGUGAUGCUGGAGUGCUUUAUCAUUGCUGAAACAGAAAUCAAACAGCAGCCUUGUUCUGCAUGUUUAAGAUCUGUAAUAAUUGAAUGUUCCAUUGCAAGUAAUUUUUAGGUACAGACAGACACAGUUAAUGGUUAAGUGCAGGUUGAAGUUGAGCUGAAAGAAGAAUAGCUGGUUAGUGAUGGCUGGGAAGAGAAAGGUGUGUUUAGUCAAGGAGCUGCUCAAUGUUAUGAACAAGAGAGAGCACACACUCCCACCGUGCUGUGCAGGUGGGAUCUUCACAGUGCUCUACAGCUCUGUGCUGGAAAACAAGUAUGGCUUGAUGAUGGAUAGCAGAGGGUGUGCUGGGACAUGGUCACAGCAAAGGAGGACCAGGGGUGGGAGCAGAUAGAUUGAUGGACUGCAGACUGCAGUCCUUGACCACAUUUAAAGUAAAAUGGUCAAUAAGCAAUCUAUUGAUUACAUUAGAAAUAAUAAUAGUAAAUUCAGGUAAACCUAAACCUCAGCCAAGAGACAAUGCACUCACUAAUGCAUCUACUUCCUCCCUUCCACUAAAUAACUUGAGUUUUGUCACAAAGCUCUAGGUUGGAGUGAGACAAAAGCCCUUAGCAAGAAAGUAGCCUUUAGCUACUUUAAGGUGGGACAGUAAGGGCAUUGGGAAGUUGCUGCUAUUACUUAUUUAAAGCCAGAUGUGCACAGUCCCCUAUCUCUAAGAAACAAAGCAAAACAGCUAUGACUUUUUACCUCUGUCCUUCUCCUUACCAUAACAAUCAAAAUGUAUUAAUUUUUUUCUUUUGGUUGUAAAUGGUAGCUGUACAAGAUCAUCCUUUCUUCAAAGGAUAGUAAUCCUUGGAUUUGUUUUUGAAGGCUGGGUUGUUCUUUGAUUGAAAUUUAGGGAACAUGAAAUAUAGGCAAGAGGUUUGUUAACUCUGAAUCUAUGCAUGGACGCUCGAACAGAACCUGGGAAGAAAGCUGCUGGCACCUUCCAGGAUGCUCUCACCUCCUCUGAUUUUUGUUUGUGGUGGCUACAGAGGCAUUUUCCCUAACUGCAGUUUCAAGAGAUGGCUUCAGCUCCUGUGAAACCUUUGCUUUUAAAAUGUCUCUUUGCUUGUGUCUGCUAGAGACCAAGAAGCUAGUUUCUAUCAUCAGCCUGUUCCCAUAGCCCUAACCUUCCACCACCAGCCCUCCAGCUGCUAUUUCCUUUGCUUGGUGUGUGUUCCCUGCUAAAUACAUGAAGCUAGUGCUGUUUUCACAAAGAUCAACUUCCACUAAUUUAUAGUUCGAAAAUCCUGAUUGCAAAGGUGCUUUCUCUCUGCUUUUAUUCAGAUUGCAUUGUUGGCAGGGCCCUGAUGAAUUAUAGUAAGGACUUUAGAUAUGCACCAGUAGAUCAGAAAUUCAGGGAACCUUGCCAUUUCAAAAAUCUCCCCAAACCUAAUAUACUUGGAAGAGGAUUAAGUUGAGAAGGCUCAAGAGUUCACAUUUAACACACACAGAAACCUUACCCUGAUGGAAACAGAGCUGUGUGUGUAGUUUGGUGGAGACCCUGGCUUUGAAGAUGGCUGUGAGUUAGCAGCAGAGGCCACACGAGCUCCAUCUCUGACCCACAAAUGGGCAGUUUCCAGUGUCCUGCUCUGCCCUGGUAAUUGGGCUCAGACCCUGGUAACACCUCAGCAAUGUGAGAAAAUGCACUGUUCUUGUUUCAUGUUUCUACACUAAAGGGUCUCAGCGGGGUUGCACCCUUGCAACCAGAGCAGAAUUUAAUAAACAAUCCUGUUGAUACA